CAAAAAAUCAACCACCAACAACAAAACAAACCCAUAUAUAUAUAAUUCUUAAAAAGAGUUGAUCUAGAAAACACCUCUGUGUCUUCUCUAGAGCUAUUCUCUCUUGAUUGUUUCUUCAAACAUGGUUCCCAAGUUAUUGGUUUUGCUUCUUCUUCUUCUUCCUCUUCUAUCAUGUUUGAUCUCCAUGUCUUCUGCAGAUUUGAGCUCAGAUAUUGAAUAUUUGUUUGGCAUGCAACGUAUGAAGUUAUCUGAAGAUGGACAACAGGUUGAUCUCAGCCUUGAUCAAUAUAGUGGUUCAGGUUUCCAAUCUAAAGAGUCAUUCAUUUUCGGAAAAUUCGACAUUUUAAUGAAGCUUCCACCAGGAAAUUCUGCUGGCACAGUCACCACCUUUUAUCUUAAUUCUACAGGAGGUGAAUGGCAUGAUGAGCUUGAUUUAGAGUUCUUGGGUCAUGUUGAUGGCAGCAAAUAUAUUUUGCAGACUAAUGUCUUUACAAAAGGGGUUGGCAACAGAGAACAAAGGAUUCGAUUAUGGUUUGAUCCAACAACUGAGUUCCACAAAUACUCUAUUCUAUGGAACCCCCACCAAAUAAUUUUCUAUGUGGACGAUGUUCCAGUUGAUUUUUUCAAAGCUGGAAGAGAAGGAAUUCCAUAUCCAAACCAACAACCAAUGACACUAUAUGCAACUAUCUGGGAUGGAAGUUCUUGGGCUACAGAAUAUGGAAAAAUCAAGCUUAAUAUGAGCUAUGCUCCUUUCAUUGUCUCUUACCGCGAUUACGAUGUCGAUGCCUGUGUAUGGACUGGACAUGGCACAAACACCCUCUGUUCCAACCCAAAUGCACCAUGGAAGACUCAUAAAAUCACCUUCUUAGAGAAAGAGAUGUUAGCACAUAUUCACAGGAAGUACAUUUUUUAUGACCACUGCACAAGUGAUCCCUCAAAAUAUAAUCCUGCAGAGUGUGCUAAGGGUCUUCUCCAGUAGAGCAGAAAACCAUUUUGGUUAUACAUAGUUUGAUUUUUUAUUUUAUUUUAUUUGUUUUGAAUUCUUUAAUUGGAAUAUUGUGGAUCUGUAAAUGACCAAAGGCUGAGGUUUCUUGAUGUGAUAUGGGUUUGAGUUGUAUAGCUAGGGCAUAUAUAAGGGAAUUGGAGUUUAUAUAAGAUUGUGAAUGUUCUCUCUUUGUUUUUGGCAUUUUUGGGUUGAGAAUUGUUGGGAAGUGUUCUCAUGCAUAAAGGGUUAUGUAUACAAAUUUAUCAUUUUUUGGAAUUUAAUGCAAUUUAGAACAGAUCUU